AUGAUUCAAGCCAUCUUCUUUGCAACAUUCGAUGUCAAUGAAGGCCCGAAAGUCCACCAUCAAGUCCCACCCAACAGCGUGCAUCCCACUAAACCCUCCUCUGCAACACGCCUGUUCAACUUCCCUGAGCUAUCUUCAUACAUCAUUCCAGCCCCUGCCCUCUCCAAUCGACCACUCGAGCUUCUCACCCCAGGAAAACCUAGCUACCGAAUUCUCUCGCAUCCUGUGACCAUCAAAUCCCCAUCCUAUCCCCGCAAUGCCUUCACUUUCAACUUCAGCCUCGUCCUCGCCGAAAACAUCGGCUUCCACUCCUAUCUCCCCGUCGUCCACAAACUCGCAACCCUCUUCCGCCACCUGGAGGAAGAGUCCCGUUUCCUCUCCACCGAGCUCAAGAUCAAUCCUCAACCAAAUACCGGCCGCAUCCACGCCAUCUGCGAGCUCCUCCUCGAAGACCUGAACACAUACUCAGAAUGCAUGAUCCCCGUCGACGGCACGACUACAACCCUAAAUAUCAAGCUCUUCCCCCUGUACCCCACCCCUCCUCGAGUUGAAGAUUGGCAAGUCCCUCUCCUAACGGUAAACCUCGAGGACAUGAAAGAGGAAGAAUGUUGGGACCUAACCCUCCUACAGGUCCUCCCUCACAUCGAUGGUGUGAACAGCAUCAAAAGAAUCUCCACACUCGCAGACGCAGACUCCAAGCUCGUCAGAAAAGCAAUUAGGGAGCUCGUAUACUACGGCUGCACAGUCCUGCUGGACAUCUUCACAUUCUCCGCCAUCUACGCACCUACAGAGUCCAUCGGUAAUCUCGUCACCGACGUUGCUAUGCAAGACGAAUGUCUCCACUACAUCACCAUUCCCUCUUUCUCAACCACCACUACCCUCCCUCCGCCAACACUUCUUUCUCCUUCCGACACGAAUGGGGACAUCACCCCUACCCGCCUCAUUGAGCUCUACACCUCCCUCUCCCAAGGCCAGUCCCUCAAGACCUGGAUUCUCUCCCACGGCGGCGAAACCCUUGUGAAAACUAUCGAUAUCAGACGCUUCAUCACCUUCGGAGUGAUAAAGGGAUUCUUGUAUCGGGUGCACCGGUACGCUGCUGCGAGCGACAAUUUGCCUAGCAGCAAACACAAGAGCGUCAAGAAGGGGAAGGGCUUGCUACAGCAACAGCGCCGGCAAGAGACGCAACCAUUGGGUCAGAAGAAGCAGGGAAAAGGGGACGGAGCACAUGAUGAGAAUCAUGAUGAAGGGGAGAUGCAAAACCUAGCUCCCUUUUUAGACGGUACGCACUGCUUUGACAAGAUAUGCACAGACCUGGGAAUCAGUGAGCGAGAACUGAUGGCGAGGUUGAAGAAAUAUGGGAAUGUACAGAUCAUCUGUCGUUGA